AUGGCCGCCCAAGUGCAAACACCCACGAACCCCGACCAGCAGGUCGACCUGUCCACCAUCCCCAUCUCCCCUGAGGGUGGUGAGAAGAGCGAAAACAAGGAGACUGCUGAUGGCAAGGACGUCACCGUCUUCCACGACAAGGAGAACUUCAACGUUAAGCACCCUCUUCAGAACAAGUGGACGCUCUGGUUCACCAAGCCUCCCAGUGGCAAGGGUGACAACUGGAACGACCUGCUGAAGGAAGUUAUUACCUUCGAUUCCGUGGAGGAGUUCUGGGGUGUCUAUAACAACAUUGCUCCCGUCUCCGAGCUGGCCCUCAAGUCUGACUACCACCUUUUCAAGGCUGGUGUUCGCCCUGAGUGGGAGGAUGCCCAGAACAAGCACGGUGGCAAGUGGUCGUACCAGUUCAAGGAGAAGCGCGCCGUCCCCAUCGACGAGCUCUGGCUGCACGUCAUGUUGGCCGCCAUUGGCGAGACCCUCGAGAGCGAGGAUGAUGGUGAAGUCAUGGGCGUCGUCGUCAACGUGCGCAAGGCCUUCUUCCGUAUCGGUGUCUGGACUCGCACCAUUGGCAAGAGCAUCCCCGGACGUGGUGAUGGAGACGUUGCCGGCGGCAAGGGCCGUUCUCAGGAUAAGGGCCGUGAGAUUCUGCUUAACAUCGGUCGCCGGUUCAAGGAGAUCCUGAACCUGCCCCAAAACGAGAUUGUCGAGUUCUCCGGCCACACGGACAGUGCACACAGCGGAAGCAGCCGUGCGAAGGCUAAGCACACCGUCUAA